AUGAAAAAGGUCAGCCAAGACUGUGCUGACAGUGUUACAAGUGCUACCACAGCAUGGCACUUUAAUCCACCCGCGGCGCCGCACAUGGGCGGAAUAUGGGAGCCGAUGGUGAGAUCCGUUAAAGAGGCGAUGAAAACGUUAGACGAUGGGCGAACAUUGUCCGAUGAGGUUCUGCAAACUACGUUGGCUGAAGCGGAGGACAUGAUCAAUCCAAGGCCGUUAACGUACAUACCGCAGGACUCAGCUAACGACGAAUCAAUCACUCCGAACCACUUUCUUCGCGGAUCGGUAAGUCCGGCGGAUUGGGUGGUGCAGCCCGUCAACUCCGCAGAGGCCCUGCGUGACACCUACAAGCGCUCUCAGGACCUGGCAAAUCACAUGUGGGAAAGAUGGCUUAAAGAAUACCUGCUAACGAUUAACCAACGUUCUAAGUGGUUUGAGGAGCAGAAUCCCCUGACGGUGGAUGAUCUCGUUUUCAUCGUAGAAGGAAAGAACCGAAAGAGCUGGACUCGAGGUAUCGUGCAGGAGCUGCUUCCGGGAUCGGAUGGACGGGUACGGCAGGCACUGGUACGAACAACGACUAAGGUGUACCGGCGAGCCGUAUCCAGUUUAGCGGUGAUUGAAGUCAAGUAA